AUGGGGCCGCGCGUGCUGCCGCCGUUCCUGCCGCUGCUGCUACUGCUGCUGUUGAAGAAGCCGCAGCGGAGCAGAUACGGCCUCCUGGCCAACACUGAGGACCCCACUGAGAUGGCCUCCGUGGACAGCGACAAGGAGACUGUUUUUGAGACGAAGAACCUAAGAUGUUGUGGAAUGAGUGCCUGCGUGUGCACGCGAGUGUGCCUGCGUGUGCGCUGCACCCACAUCUGCACGAACGUGUCCACGUACGCAACGUCUGCAGCAUCUGGGUACACAUGCGUGUCUGCGCGUAAAGUGCAUGUGUGCGUGCUUGUCUGUGUGGUGCCUGCCUGUGGCUGUGCAAGUGUGGCCGUGUGGGCGACAGUGGCGCUGGCCCCAGGGUCUCUCGUGUGGGAGCAGCAACGGCCACAGCGGUCCACACCCGUCACCCUGCUGUUCACCUUCUCUGCCCACGGGCACGGGGACAGGGCCUGGUGCAGACGGGCCAUUGAGGCCCAGAGCAGGUACCACGCAGUCCCACCUUCUGAUUGGAAACCCACAGUCCAUGUGGACCUGGAGGGCCCUGCCUGGGUGUGGGUGGGUCCCAGGCAGGCUCUGGGCCGUGGCUGCAUCGAUCAGCUGAUCAAUGAGGCUUUCACUCUGGCGGGGAAGGAGCGAAAUGACUUUUCAAAAAGCCUGGAGCGGCUUCUGCAUCGAUCCUUCGACCCAGCCACAGGCUCUGGAAAUCUUCGUGCUGGAUCCCCAGUGAGCAGCGGGGAAACCAAGGCACGAGUGAGCAGGAGUUUCCUGCCCUCCUCCUCCACACCCCUGGGGACCCGGGACCCCUCAGCCCCGCCUGCUGCAGCGUCUCGGGGCAGUGGGGGGCCAGGCCGAUGCCAUCUGAUAAUCCGGCUGCCCCUCCCGCACCCGCUGUACCAAUUAGUGCACCCGGCAUGGGGGCCCGCGGCAGGCUCCCUCCUGCAGGCAGCGGUGGCGGCUGGCGCAACAAGGCUGGGUCAGGGGGGCUCCCCGGUGGAAGGAGCUCGCAGGCUGUGUGGGCACCUCCGGGGCAAAGCCUGGAAGGCAGGGCUAGGGGGAAACGAGGUGUCAGACGUGGAGGAUCCUGGUGGGGUGCCCUGGAGGUUGGAGGAGCAGCUGCUGGAUUCCGAGGCUCAGGAGGGAAGACUCAGUGUGGAGCUGGGGAAGGGUGUGGGCAGGGUGAGGGGCUGCCUGGAGGAGGAGGCGGCUCCUGCGGAGGCGCAGAGUCAGGACCCACGCCUGGCCUGUGUGUGCAGUGGGGUCCAGAUGUCAGCCUGUCCGGGCGCGCCCCUGUUCCUCGGCCCUGCUGUGGUACAGCUGGGGACGCUGAGACCAGGGGGGUUCCACGCGGGUGGCGCGGACGACGGCGGCGGCUACACGGUGGAGGUCAGCAUCAACGACUACCUGGACAUCUACUGCCCGCAUUACGGGACGCCGCUGCCACCCGCCGAGCGCAUGGAGCACUACGUGCUGUACAUGGUCAACGGCGAGGGCCACGCGUCCUGCGACCACCGGCAGCGCGGCUUCAAGCGCUGGGAGUGCAACCGGCCCGCAGCGCCCGGGGGGCCGCUCAAGUUCUCCGAGAAGUUCCAGCUCUUCACGCCCUUCUCCCUGGGCUUCGAGUUCCGCCCGGGCCACGAGUAUUACUACAUCUCUUCCACACCACCCAAUGCCGUGGACCGGCCCUGCCUGCGGCUGAAAGUUUACGUGCGGCCGACCAAUGAGACCCUGUACGAAGCCCCUGAGCCCAUCUUCACCAGCAAUAACUCAUGCAGCAGCCUGGGCAGCGGCCACCUCUUCCUCAGCACCGUCCCCGUACUCUGGACACUCCUGGGCUCCUAGUCCUGGCCCUGGGACGCCGGCCCCACCGGGACAGCCGCACCUAGACUGCCUGACCUCGGCCUUCAGGAUCCGGCCACGGUCCCCACGCCUCCGAGACCAAAUAGAGACGCUGCUCCUUUCUC